GUCCCCCCGUCUCGCCUCCGUCUCUCUUGCUCGGCACAGAAUAGGUUGCCUCGCCUCCGAAAUUCUUCCGGUUGUACACUCUUGGCUCGUGCUACGGAACGUGGGAAUGUUCUCAGGUCUGGAAGCCGACCCCAUCACGUGGAAACACGCACUGCAACGGACUUCGUGGUUUGUGUGCGCAGCGAUGGAAUCGACGCGAUCGCGGGCUGGCAAACGUGCGAAUCUUCGACCGACGAAGGGUGAAUCAAAUUACAGCCGAGUGUUCGCCGAUUCUUGCGCCUUAAAUUCGGCUGUACUCGAAUUCCGUCCCGGUACCCCGGCAUCGAAUCGGGAGGUCAAGCCGAGCAACGGUGUCAACGUGGAUCUCCCUCAGCGUCGCGACGACAGCGUCCAUCCGUGCGGAAUUAGUCGUGAGAUAUAGACGUGAGUCCACGGCUUUAAUAGCUCGACAUAUUUCCAGCCAAUUAUCGCUGUGGUCGUUAAAAGAACCCUUCCUGCUUCUUACAGCUUAUAUAUUGUACAAAAGUAUCCCUCGAGCGAUUAAAGAACGGCCUAUCGAGAUUGGAACAGAGAGGAGGAGUCGACCAUGGCGGCACUGAGAUCUGAAAUAAUCCAGAAACCGAGAGAUCUCGGUCUUCCCUUUGAAUAAGAAGGAGGUGCCGCGCUUAAGAGGGAAAGAAACACACCACCGGCACGCUAUUUGACGUGGAAACGUGGAACGCCCGUGAUACGCCGCGAUGGGUGCACGUUAAUUGGUGAUGCUCGUUAAUUAGUCUGCUCGUCGUUUGCGCGUUGACGAGGGGCCGGUGUCUGGAGAAAAUAAGGCGUAGCGACGGUGCAGAGUCAUCCAGACAGACUUCGACGCUUAAUGAGCAUUAGGAUUCGUCUCUGACUCUAUCCAGCGCCUCACUCUGUUUACGUGGGGGAAACCGGAUCAAGUUUGCCCAAAGAUUAUAUUGGCUGUGUGUUUCAUUUGUAUGUUUAUUAUGAAACAAACAGUGGCAAAAUGUUCUUUUUAUUACAGCAUGUGUACUUUUAAUUUUUACCAGUUUUCCAGUACGGUGAUAUACUGAAUUUGGCUUUCUGGUUAGAGUAGUAGAGUAUUUUUCGUGGAUUUGCUUCCAUUUUUCGUGAACAUAUUUCAUCUUAUUUUGUUGGGGAAAGAAACAAUCUGACACUGUGUCAAGUUAUUCCUUCCCCUGAUGAAAUGAACUGAAAUGUUCACGGAACGUUGGAAACAAAUUCGCAAAAGACGCGACUCCAAGCCGGAAGUCAAGUCCAGCACAAAUAUUUUUCCAAGAUUCAAAAGGAAUACUUUGCAAAAUUCUUGUGUCACUAUUUCCUUUAAUAUAAAUGCGUAAACGGAACGCCCUUGGAUCUACUUAAUGGCCUCUCCCAAUUGAUUACUUCCGAUUCGGCUGGGCGCGCUUACAACAGCCCUAGAUAAGUCUGCGCUUCUACUCGUUAAAUUUAAUCCCUCGCCUCUUCUUCGCUGCUAACGGCAUCGGAAUCCAAUCUCACCCUCGCGUCUCGGAUCGGAGCCUUCAACUAGCCCGCGCUCAUGGCUUAACCCCGGCUCGUUUGGCACAACACCCUUCUUGGCCAGCCGUGUGUGGGGGUUGAGCGGGCAGCUCCUCUUUCCCGGAUCGAAAUUAGGGUCGAAAAUCAUAGCGUCCUUUCGGCCGAUCCACGGGGUUGCCCAGCUUGGCCGACGUUCCGACGCACAGGUGGUGCCUCACCUCGUGGGAACGUGGCGAGCGGAAUCUUCCCGUGUUACAAAAGGGUCCGUUUGCAGGCGCUCCCCCGAUCGCAGUAGGGCCCAAGGGCCACGCGAGUGUGUCGUAGCCACC